UUGUUAGACGGUUUCGAGAAAUUAAGGGUGGGAGAAGGCAACUUCCUUAGCUGCGUUUAGUAUAUGACGGAGGAUCACGGUGUUUGCUUUCCAUUCUCGCGUGAUACGGCGCCGGUCGCGCGUGUCGGGAUCGCGAUCGACGAUUUCCCGUGUCUAUUGUCCUCGCGGUGAUAACAGGUCCAAAUGUGGCGCGCCAUUGUCCUCGUUCGCACCAUUUUUUGUUAUUCAGAUUCUCGAGGAGGUUCGACUCGCGCCUAAGGAGCUUCACGCUCGUCCGUUCGUACGUACGUGAUUGGUGUCCCGAUUGUUCCACGUAGUAGUACGUUUUAUCGGAGGGUAGUGGUGUACGUGGCGAGCAGUGGUAACGAGUGUGCGUGUCGGUGCGUGGAUCGAAAAAGACUUCGAAUCGGUGCCGGAAGGAGCAGGAGGAGGGGGUCGGGGAUUGGUGGAACCAUGCUCAGAUCCUGAUCGCGGAUCAGCACGGGCCCCUCAGGGGUGGCGAGGCGGCGGAUCAGGCGAUCGAGGAGGUGGCGGAGGAGGAGGAGGAAGGGCAGUGCGCCGUGGUGGAUCAUCACGCGGUCUGCGUCGCCGCAGUAGCCGGAGCGUGGACCUGGGGGAGGCUGGAGAAUGAGCCUGUUCAGCAUACUGCGUAGGAAUUGGGCACUGCGCGUGUCGGUGGUGCUCAACAUCUGCGUGUUGCUCUACGUGUGCGCCCACUUCGGCUCCUCCGGGCCCUGGAUCGAGGAACCGCCGACGAACUGGGCGGCGCCAUUGCAGUCGGAGACGUUUGGUGGCGCGGUGGAGCAGCAGCUCGUGAAUGGCACGCAGAAGGGCGCCGCCGCGGCGUCGUCGGCCCUGCCAGCCACCAAGGAUGCCGCGGGCAAGGGUCCACGGCCCGGUAACACUACCAGUCUGACCAGGGCGAGGCUGCUCACCACGAGGCCGACGCCCAACGAGGCCAAGGGCGCCGCGUCCGUUGACAAGAACGAUCAUCGACACGAUCCGACGGCGAAGAACGGCACGCUGAAGACCCGGCCGCCGAUGAGCCUGAAAGAGGCUGUGGCCUGCAACGAGAAGUCGCUGGAGCCGAGGAGGGCGCAGCGCGGCGACUACUGGGUCCUCUACAAUUACGUGCCGAUGAACAUGGCGGUCAGAUGCUGGGAGAGCGUGACGUACACCACGCACGCGGACUACACGUUCCUGGACAAUCUGGAGCCCCUGCUGGAGAGAUGGAGGGCGCCGAUAUCGAUUGCGAUGCACGCCCCUGGCACAGACUUCCCGGCGACACUCGACGCCAUCAAGUACUCGAGAUACUGCGGCAACCCCCUGGUCGCCCAGCUGGUCACCUUCCACGUAUUCUUCAGCAGCAAACACGUGCCAAAAGUGGUGCCCCCAACCGAGAAAGUUCUGUCCGACACGUACAACUGCACGCUGGGGCCACCGUGGGUGAACGUCACGCUUUCGAAGAUGUAUAAAAACGAGAAGAAGCUGCUAUACCCUGUGAACGUCGGCCGGAACAUAGCCCGAGAGUCGGCGCCCACGUUCUACGUAUUCGCCAGCGACAUAGAGCUCUAUCCUAAUCCAAACUUGCCCGCCAAGUUCCUCGAGAUGAUCAGGAGAAGAGACCAGCCGGCCCUUUACAAGCCGAACCCGAAAGUUUUUGUACUGUCCAUAUUCGAAGUGGACGAGAAGAGCCAGCCGCCGAAUAAUAAAACGCAUUUAGCUCAAAUGCUGAAGGCUGGCACAGCCAUUCCCUUUCACAAGAAGCUGUGCUCUGGCUGCCAUAACGUUCCUCGCAGCAAAGAAUGGCAGGAGGCACCAGAGACCGAGGACCUUCACGUGUUUCACGUCGGUAAAAGGACAGGUAGCUUCGUUCACUGGGAGCCGAUUUUCAUCGGGACCAAUAACGAUCCUCUGUACGAUGAGAGGCUCAGCUGGGAAGGGAAAAGCGAUAAAAUGACACAGGGUUACGCGCUGUGCGUUCUCGACUACGACUUCCUCAUCCUGGACAACGCGUUCCUGGUCCAUCGUCCAGGCAUCAAGAUCUUCAAGAAAGACCCCCACCGGGAGAUGCUCACAGCGAAGACGAAUGCGCUGAUCAAGAAGAUCAUUGUACCGGAACUGAAGAUCCUUUAUGGAACGCGGAAGGGCUGCGCUGUGUAGCCCGUGGAGAUCCGAGCACGACGCGUGCUCCACAGGUAUCCUUCGAUGAAACGGCACCGCCUUAGACCAUCUCCGACAACUGGAAUGCUCAAGGCGCGGCGUAAGACGAAUGGGACUGGCUGCGAGUUCCUUCUGGUCACGCACGUCUACCAGAACGGUGUUCGCGCGCCUGCAAUGAGCCUUAUCGAGGCCGAAGAGAACUUGAAGAGCGUUCAUUGUGAUUCCUAGACAUUGCCCUGACAAUGCCAAUUGAACGGUGCCGAAACUAUGAUCCUGCCGGUCUCAUCCGGCUACGUGGAUCCUCAUUGUCUCAGCAGAAAUCGUUAGUUCCUGAAACGCGUUGCGCAUCGUCCCCUCCCGCCCCAGAUUCUUCAUCGUUGACUUCUCUUCGUAGUACAAAAGUGUGAUGGCAGCGUAAAGACAAUGAAAAUAAGGUGGCCGGGCCCUGAUCGAUGCAUAGACUCAUUGUUUCUGUGGUGCGCGAGUGCGGAGAUGUUCUUCAAGGGUAUCACCCGCACCGAGAAAGGUUCUUACCCCAUAUUUUUCAGCACAGACGUAUCGGGAAAAUAUGAUUGUACAUAUGAUAGUGUUUAAAAUAGUGCCUCGCGUGUACAGCGUUGUACGCCUGCAAGGUUUCUUUUUGUGGUUUUCGGUGAUCACAUUUCCUCCCAUUCCGCGUUGCGCAUUUCUUUCCUUUUGUACCAAUAGAUGGAGACGUGAAUCGACAAAAUGGCGCGCACUGGUCAGGGUUAGUUUGGAGCGUGAUGGGUGGCAAAAAUAAAGGAAAUGUAGAUUGAUUAUUUGCGAGAAUUGUCAUUUGGAAGGAGAACGUUUUAUUCUGCGAAAUUCUUUGGCGGUUAGCUGUGUCCAUAAUUUGGCUCCAAUGGUAAUUGGAAACUUACCUAGAUGUAUUACUUACCCCACUGCCAUGUUUCUAUUCUCCAGUGGAUAAUAGCAUAAUUUCUUCUGAUUUCGGUGCAACCCGAUGCAUUUAUCCGUUCGUAUGCAAAACCAAAUGCAUCCAAGAGUACAUUGCGUGUGAAUAAGACGAACGUUUGCAUAGCUCACACGCAAAAGUCAUCCUGGAUUUACCCAGUAUUUUUAAUUUCCAUUCUCGACAAGCACGGUCAACAAAUCAAACAGAAAGACAGGAAUAUUUUACUCGCGAAGACUGAGGAACGUUUGAUAACCGUUCAACUAGGACACUCAUCCUAUGAAUCUCCGAUUAUUGAACAUCCAGUCAUUAGUUGUUUAACAGUCCUUUGAUUAGCGUAACCGGUUAAGUUUAUUCACAACAUUUCUUUGCAUAUUUCUUGUUUAUCCCUGACGAAGAGAAUCGAUGCUUCCGACGGUAAUGACUCGCGAUGAUUGUAAAUGGUCACUUGUCAUGGUUGGAAUCGGUCAGGUCAAAAGAAUCUCAUACUUGGAAUCUUGAAAAACGCCGAUCACUUCACAUCGUUCUCCAUGAGAUCACGGUAAAGCAUAAUAACUCAUAAUAAAGUACACUAUGUCCUAAUUAUUUUCACUGAAUCAUGCGAAUUAUUUUCACUAAAGCGAAUGGUUUAUUAUGCAAUUUCGUGUGUCAUAUGAUGAACUUGUCUUUAAGAAUCUCGAAUCGUGUAUGAAAAAUUGUAAAUAUAUAAAUAACACACACUCGUAGGUGGUAAGUAAGUGCGUAAGUACGACGUAACUGAUACUAAUUUUACACGGAUUAAUUAGGAACCGAGGUGAGUUCCGACUUGCAACAGCAAACGUGCCAUCGUAGAGUUUUCAAUACCCAUUGGAACAAUGAGUAUCGAACAGGCUACGAUGGUAGACGAGUGAGAUAACUAAAGACGCGUGUGUCUGACAACGCUGAGUACUCUAAUGUGUCCAAGAAUCAUGUAACUUUAAUUUCGGUAGCGCUAGGCAGACUAUUGAUUCACAAAGUUCCCUCGCCAACAAGCGCCAUUAUUCGGUUAAUCGAAUGUACAACACCGAUUUGAAAUUUUACAAGUACUC